GUCAAAGCCACGCCAGUGUUGUGCGCUCGUGCUCGUGUGAAGGUGGACAUAUACCUCUCUCGGCUUGGACCGCUGCUGGAUACUAACAACGUCUUGUGCCGGCUUUUAAAAUUUCGAUCCACUGAUCUCUCCUCUCUCUCGUUUUUUUGCAAGGCUUUGUGCUUUCGUUGGAAGAAGGAAAAUAAUUACAAUGAUAAUCUGUAUAUAACGAAAGAGGAAAACAAAUAGAAGUGCAUUAGAUGCUUUCAAAGUGAUGGAAGUGACGGGUUUACUAUCUCAUAGAUGUGCAUAUUGAUCAGAAUUGCUUCAUUAACGAGAUUGUGCGUAUUGCGUGUGUUGCUGCGAGUACGUAGUCAAAGUGUGGGUUUGUUGCGGCAGUGAUGAAGCAGUGUUGCGGAGAAGCAGCAGCAUCUCAACAGUCGCAGGGAAUCUGACAAUCAACGCUUUCAAGCACGUCAUUAUCUUCUUAAUAUGGUUGUGCAUACAGGAUGGUGCACGUAAGGUGUAAGUGGGACCGGGGUUGAGUUGACCACAUUGCAGCACACACACACGCGCCGCCCUCCCUCCCUCUUCUCUUCUCUUGCUCAUCCUGAUAACACAGUAGACACGAUGUACAAUUCAGGCCACCACCACCACCACCACAAGCAAGGAGCACCAGUCUCACCAGAUAGCGCCGCAGCAGCAGACAUUUUUGAGCAGCUCUGCACCGCCUCCACCUUUAAGUCAGUUCUCUACCACUACCGCCUCUUGUGCGAUGUCCUCAGGCUCAAACCCACCAACUUCAGAAACUUCUAUCCCAAGCUUAAGUCAAAACUCCGGUCUUGGAAAGCACAAGCAAUAUGGAGUAAAUUUGAUAAACGGUCUAGUCAUAAAUGCUACAAUCAUGGCAAGGCCUGCACUAACAGUAAGGUCCUGAUUAUAGGAGCAGGUCCCUGUGGCUUGCGCACUGCCAUUGAGGCUCAACUUCUUGGUGCAAAAGUUGUGGUGGUUGAGAAGAGGGACCGCUUCUCUCGAAAUAAUGUCUUGCAUCUCUGGCCUUUUGUCAUCAAUGACCUCAAGCAGUUGGGGGCUAAGAAAUUCUAUGGCAAAUUCUGUGCAGGAGCAAUCGAUCACAUCAGUAUACGGCAACUUCAAUGUAUACUGUUGAAGGUAGCAUUGCUGUUAGGUGUGGAAAUUUAUGAAAAUGUAAGCUUUGAAGAGCUCACAGAACCUCCAGAGGACCAGAAUGAAAAAAUUGGAUGGCGAGCCAGACUCAGCCCACCAGACCAUCCUGCCAAUCAGUAUGAAUUUGAUGUCCUGAUUGGCGCAGAUGGCAAAAGGAAUACAUUACAUGGAUUCAAGAGAAAGGAAUUUCGUGGCAAAUUGGCCAUUGCUAUUACGGCAAAUUUCAUCAACAAACGCACAGAACUGGAGGCUAGAGUGCAGGAAAUCAGUGGAGUAGCUUUCAUCUUUAAUCAGAAAUUCUUCAAGGAGCUAUAUGCAGCAACUGGCAUUGACCUGGAGAACAUUGUGUACUACAAAGAUGAAACACACUAUUUUGUGAUGACAGCAAAGAAACAGUCACUUAUUGAAAAAGGAGUCAUUUUACGCGAUCUUCAAGACACUCAACAGCUUUUACAUCCAAGCAAUGUAGACCGGAAUGCUCUCAUGGAAUAUGCCCGUGAAGCAGCAGACUUUUCCACAAGCUACCAGCUGCCACAUCUGGAUUUUGCUGUGAAUCACUAUGGCAAGCCUGAUGUGGCAAUGUUUGACUUCACAUCCAUGUUCGCAGCAGAAAAUGCUUGCAGGAUGGUGGAGAGGAGAGGACAUAAGCUCCUCUCUGGGCUUGUAGGAGACAGCUUGCUAGAGCCUUUCUGGCCAACGGGGUCAGGCUGCGCUCGAGGCUUUCUAAGCAGUUUUGACGCUUGCUGGAUGAUUCGCUCGUUUUCAUCGGGGAAAAUGAUGCCUUUAGAGGUGCUUGCAGAGAGAGAGAGCAUUUAUCGGCUUCUUGCACAGACUACUCCCGAAAAUCUCAGUAAAGAUCACUCUUCAUAUAGCUUGGACCCAGCAUCAAGAUACCCAACCAUUAACCUGCGCGCGGUGCUUCCCUUCCAAGUGCGCUCUCUGUUCAACACUGACGACCCUGUUCAUCUGGAGGAGAUAACGAACCCGCAUCUGGUCAAUAAUGAUGAGUUGCCGAAGAAGAGGAAACGUAGAGUAAAGGAUUCAUUUAUACAUCCUGAUACCUUACUCAUUUGGUGCAAGAAACAAGUGGCGCUUUAUGACUCUGUCAGUAUUGACAAUAUGACCACCUCCUUUAAGGAUGGUCGGGCUUUGUGUGCUAUUAUUCAUCGCUACCGUCCUGACUUGAUUGAUUUUGAGGCUCUGCGACCUGAGGAUAUUGCUCAAAAUAAUCAGCUAGCAUAUGAUAUCUUGGAGAGGGAUUUUGGCAUCCCACCAGUCAUGACUGGACGAGAGAUGGCGGAGUGUGAGAUUCCGGACAAAUUAAGCAUGAUUUCAUAUGUCUCUCAAAUCUAUGAUGUCUUCCGGGGGGAAAUUCCCCACAUAAAACAUCCAAAAAUGGAUGAUGGAGAGAUGGAAAUUGAACAAUCCCAUAUCCAACACAGCACACCUCAUGUCAACAUUUUGAAAAAUCUCACAAACAAAACAGCCAAUGUGUCUCAGGGUACACCAACCUCUAAGAAGAGAUCAACAUUAGAAAGAGGAACUGCUAAAAGAGAUGAUGGUCGCAUCACGUGUCGCCUGGUGGAGGACGCGGGUGGCCAAGGUGGGAAGUCGGACACACUCAAGAAGACAAAGAAACGAAGGAGUGAUAGGGUUGUAUCUCCACAGGAGAGACAAGGGCGUGAGGAGCCACAGAGGAAACCCUUAGUGGACCACAAAGAAGAAUUCUCUGACAAGGUCAGAGAUCUUGAAGCCAAAUUUACUGCCAACUCUUCUUCUCAAGCCUCUGAUAAAAAGCCAAAGGACCUGAUUCGUGCCAUUGGUAAGAUUGAGAAGUCUGACUGGAAUAUGGUGGCUAUAGAGAAGAAGAUGCAUGAAGAUAGAUUUGGCAUGGAAGUACAAAAAGAAAGAGAAAGGGUUCCCAAGUGGAACAGAGAUGCAUACGAUGACAAGGCCGACAAGUUCCAAAAUAUUGAGAGGCGACUAAGAGAAAAUGGUGAAGAUGAAGAGACAAUUGCCAAAUACAGGGAUAUUGAUGCCUCGCUGAAGCGCUUAGAAAUGAAGCUGCGUGAAGGAUCCACUCUCGAAACAGGCCUACGUGGACAGAAUAAGGUGUCUAACCUAGCAUCUCAGCUGUCUUCCAAGUGGGAAAGGAAGGAGACAGAAAAGAUUCCAAUUACCCGACAACCAUCAAGACCAAUGGUGCCCUUGCCAACAUCUGGAUCUGAUUUGUGCCACUUCUGUGGUAACCGUGUGUAUCUUGUGGAGAGAUUGAGUGCUGAAGGAAAGUUCUUCCAUAGACAGUGCUUUAAGUGUGACUACUGUGCUGCUAAUCUUCGUCUCGGUAAUUAUAUAUAUGACCGCGAGGGGACUUAUGGAGGCAAGUUCUUCUGCAUACCCCACUUUGGUCUAACCUCAAGAGCCAGAGGUGUAAGGCGCAAGGUUGAGGACACAGACAGUGCCAAAGAAAACAUUGUACCACCUGUUGCUUCAAGCACACCACAACCUAAGGUUCAGGUACCGGUAAUUGGUGGUGGUGGCGGUGCAACAGCUGCUCUCCUGACUGUUGCGGGAGGAGCCAAAGUGGGCACCCCCACCACCAUCUCCCCAGAGGACCGAGGGACCACACCAGAACGGGUUGAAUUUGAGAAUUCCGUGGUUGAACAAAGUGAUGAGGAAGAGUAUCUCUCUGAGGAUGAGUGGACCGACAGGAACUUUGGGGCUUCAGCGAAUGAGUUGGAUGACACGGACGGAGAUGAGGAUAGUGACUAUUCUGAUUUAAGUGAUGAAGAAGUUGAAGAUGAAGAAAUGGAAUUUAUAGAGGGUGGUGGCACUCUGACGGCUGCUGAAACUCGUAGACUUGCUGAAUCUUGGCAGAGACGUUACUCAACGGACCGCCUUGAUGAUGAUGAUGGUGUAUCAGGUCAUGAGACAGAGUCUGAUUUAGAAUCUGAUAAUUAUAGUGAAGAAUAUGGAGCUGAAGGUGAUGAAAGUCAUACAGCAACAGAAGGUGAAGGUGGUGACGAUGAUGAUGAAGAUGAAGAUGGAGAGGCAGUUAAACGUGCACGUGAACUUCGCCGCAUGGAGGUUAACAUUGAUGUAACUGCACCACCAAGAAAGGCUGAAACAUCAGAUAGUGGAUCUGAUACAGAGGUUGCAUCUGAUGAAGAGAGUGAGGAAAGUGAUACCCAGAUUGACACAGAUUCUGAGUUUGCUGAGGAUCAUGUGCAGCCUGGACCCCCAAAGGAGAUUCCAACUAUUGUCAUCGAUGAGUCGCAAGACACUCACCACUUAAGCCACAGCCCUGAGCCACAGAAUAAAAAGUCGCCUGCCAAACCAACUCCAGAUAAGAAGGGUGACCCCAGAAGUGACCUUGUUGCACAGAGAAUUGACCUUGGGAAGAUUGAAAGCCAAGCCAAGAAUUCCAAUGACAAAGACUGGUCUCCAGAAGGGGGUGAAAAGAGUGCCAGCCUGACAAAUCUGAAUAAUGCUGGCAAAAUUGACCUACACGCUGAGCAGCUAAAGAGGCUUCUGCAAAGGACAGAGUCCACAGAGGCAAUUGCUGCCAAGAGAGCCCUGCAGCUGAAGCGUCAGUACCUCUUGGGAGAGUCUGCAAACUUGCCUAGGAAGUCAGUGUCAACAGCAGACUUAGGCAAUAGGUUUAAGAGCUUCAUGGAAAAGAUCUCGGAAACUCAGAAGAUGCUGAAUCCAGCCCCACAGCCUAGUGCAGCUAUGCAAGCAUUCAUGAGCACCUCUGUGCCAGCUACCAGAUCUCCCAUUUCAUCCCCAUCAUCCCCACAUUUACCUGCACGGUCCAUUUCUCUGCCUCAGGGUGAUGCAUCUUCAGACUCGACUAAUGCUGACAAGAAUUCUACUGACACUGUGUCCACUACAAGCAAAGAUGUCACCUUAGACAUUACCACGCGCGUUGAAUCCUCAGUGUAUCCAGUAGAAGCUUCAAAUACUGAGAAAAUAGAGGAUGGUGAUGAUAAGUUAAAAAGCUUCCCCUUGUCUCUAGGAUCAGAGAGUGAUAAGAGUAAGGGAGCUGUUUCUGCACCAGAGAAAAGCUUCAGUGCUGUGCCUGUGCAGGUCAGCAGUAGUGAGUCAAGUAGCAGUUCAUCAAGUGAGAGUGAAUCAGAUUAUGAUAAUGUGCCUUCAGGUCAUAAAAAGUCAUUUGUCCAUAAAGUACCAUCAGCAAUCGAUAUGCGGGAAGAGAAGUUGUUAGCUGCAAAGAAUGACAAUGUAAGGACAUCUGAUGGUAAUAGUGAUGAUGCCAAAGCCAAGCCUGCAGUAUCUAAAGACAGUGCCGAUGCUCAGCCACAACCUAGCUGUGAUAAAAUAAUAGCAGAUGAUCGCAUGGAAGUAUGUGCAUCGGAUGGAGAUGACUUUGGCUUAUCAAAGACAGGGCAAAGUGAAAGUGAAGGGAUUGAAACCAUUAAUCAGGAGUUAGUAAGAGUGAAUGCUCCACGGUCUCUAGAUCAGAUGCAAGCUGAAAGUGCAAGCCUUGUUAAGGAGGAAGCACAACCAGUGGUGAAACAGAGUGAUUUGAUUGAAUCUCAGAAGGUCGAUGAGUCACAGAAAUCAAUUGAUGAACUUUUUGAUCAGCUUGCUAAUGAUGCAGUUGAAGACAUUGAAAGAUUUUCGGAAUUGGUUGAGUCACCUGAGGUGAAAGUGAGUGGUGUUUUGCAUAAGGAACAAGCUCAUGUAAAAGAUAAUGCAGUCAAAGAUAGUGAUGGAAAAGUAAGUGGCAGUACAAGUUCAGAACAGAGUGUAUUGGCAAAGGUUGUUCCUGAAAAAUCUGAAGAACCCACAGAUAUUGGCAAAACACGUGAACACAGCCAAGAGGAAGCUAAGAGUGAACCAAUGGUAGUUGAACCCUCUGUUGAAAUAGUAAUUGAAGAGUGUAAAAAAAAUAAAGACACUGAAAUGGUGGAAGAAAAACUUUCUCCCAGAAGUUUGUUAGAUGCUGAUGUGUCAGAGAGUAAGUGUUCCCUGAAGAGCUCAGUAGAGGAUGAUGAAGGGUCUGAAAGUAAAAGGUCUCAUAAGAGUACACUAGAUGAGGAUAUUUCUGAGAGCAAAAGAUCCCUGAAGAAAGAUGUCCUGUCGAGCCCAGAGGGAAAGGAACUCACAGAAGCUGAGCUGUCUGACUGGGCUGGAGACAAUGAUGGUUUUAGUGCAGGAGAGGACCUAGAGAUUGAGGUUAACCAGACAAGUCGACUCUCUGUCAAGAAAGGUACAUCCAAGACCAUAGCCCGGAUAGCCUCAGAGGAGAGCCUUGGGGACACGGAUUCAGCCAUUUCCACCGGCCCGAGCAAGACUGCCUCAGUGCCUUCAAAACCGAGUGUUCUGGCCGACCUGGAAGGUAUUGAGUAUAUGGACACAGGUGGUGAAAGUGCCAGCAGUCCCGAGGAGGUCUCACACAUCAAAGAAGGCUACACCAAACUAGGAGCUGAGACUCCCACAACUCCUGUUGCACCACAGAUUUCCAUGGUUGGCACGGAGAAUUUAUCUGGCUGUGAUAGCAAGUCUUCUGACAGCACAAGUACUGAAUUAGAGGACUCAUCCCAAAGUAGUGUUCAGGAAGCACUAAAUAACAAUAUCAUCAAAGAAGAUUCAGUUCCGCUGUUAGAGAAUUCACCAGAGGAAGCAAAAGACAUUCCAGAAGAGCCCAGAAGUAUAUCUGAACCACCAUCUUUGAGUGAAAGUAAACCAAAGUUCAGUAGUGAACAGCGUCGUGAUUCUCUAGAUGAUUAUGUUACCAAGAGCAGGUAUGAGGGAUAUAUUCCAAGGUUCAAGGAGAGAGUGAGUCCAUUCGGAUAUGUGAGGGAUUCCCUGGAUGUGAGAAGAAAUUCAACUAAAAGUCCUUUAUUCACUCCUACAAAACAAGACAUUGAGGAGAGGGAGAAAAAUGAAAAUCGCAAUGAAAAACUGACAGUUCCUACAACUGAAAAUGUCUCCUUGGUGUCACCUAACACAGCUAAAAAGCAAAUUGAAAAGAGUCUAAAGGGUAAAGACAAGGAGAAGGAAAAAGACCUAAUUCGAGAAAUGGUAAUGUCGAGAAUAUCACGCAAAACACCAGACAAGAAUACAAGAAGAGGAUCUAGAACAUCUAUUAGUCCACUCUCGUCCACAAGUUCACGUACUUCACUCUUUAGUCCUCAGUCAUCUCAGGAGAAUUUGCUUGAGAAGGUUGAUACACCAGUAAAUGGAAGUACAGAUAACAUAACCAAUGGAGAAGUGCCAGAAAAGAAGACCAUUCAUGCUGACUGCAAGAAAUUGUUAAGGUUAGAUACAGUAGCAUCAGAUUUACCUGAAAGUGGAGAUACAUUUGAUGCUGAAGAAAAGAGGAUGAAGGUCAGAGUUGGGGCUGCAUUCAGGCAAGAUAGUGUCUUGGGCAGCGGUGCCAAGAGAAGCAUCUCAGAAGUUAGUGGAGAUCUUCCUGAAAGUGGACAGACUUUCCAAGCUGAGGAGAACAGAUCCAAAGUGCGAGUUGGUGCCAUGUUCAGAGAGGACAGUGUUCUUGGAACUGUAGGGAAACAUGGAAGUCUCCAAGAUGUAAAUGUACCAUUUGCUGAUGAUAGCCAAGAUGAAGAGGUGUUUGUAUUAAAGGAAGAUGAGAGAAGUAUUGUAGUAUCAAGUAAAAAAGUUUCAAAGAGCCCCAGGAAAGAAAAGUCUCCAAGGAAGAGCUCUCCAAUUAAAGAGGUCCCAAGCCCAUCUCACAACAACCUCCCAGCAACACCACUAACACAUCCAGAGCAGUUUGACCAACCUUGUCCAAAGCGAGAGCUGUUCAAGGUGCCUACAACGAUAGCUCCAACACCACCUCCAAGGACACAGCAUGCAGCUUCAUUAAAGGGAAUGUAUACUCCAAUUGGAGUAGAGAGACCCAUUUCAACUCCAAAUUUAAGUACUGUUGAACGAGAAAAGGUCAGAGAGGAGGCUAGGCUUCGUGCCAAAUUGAAGACAGACUUAGACCUAGGAUUAAGUCCUCCUAAUUUGGCUGAUAAUUUGCGAGAAAAGCUUAAAAAGGGAAGCGUGAGUGAGAGUGAAUGUGAUCGUGAAGAUCUUAUCAAAGAUUCCUUAUUAAGAACAAACACAACUUCUAAGGGAGAUGAAGUGAGAGCUAAAGACAAAGACCACCAUGUAAGAAAAGAUGUUCCUGUCAAAGGAGAGGAAUCCAGAACGAAAGAUAAAGAGGAACGAGUCAGAGAGUUGCUUGCAGAACAGCGAGAGCAUCGUCAGCGUGAACCUGAGGGCAAGAAAGAGGAAUGGUGCAACAAAGAUGACCGUGUCAGGGAGAGGCUGGAAGAGUACAGACAGAAACGAAGAGGAAGCACCAAGAGCUCUGAAAAUGGAGAUUCACGCCCCAACAGCCAGUUACUACGUAGAACCACACACCGGCCCUCUCUUCUUGAGCUGGAGUCACUUCAAGUCUUCACCUCCUCACCAAGCAAAGGUUCUGCUCCUACAGCAACCUUAUCCACCACCAAUACAACACCAAGCAUCAGCUCAUCAUCAUCUACAAUUACCAAUGCUCCAAGUGAUCAGAAAUCGAUAUCAAUAACAUCAGCACCCGCAGCUGUCAUGUCAGCAACAGCACCAUCUAGCAAACAGGUUGAAGACACACCAACCUCAGAGAAAACACAGGAGAAAAAGUCAGGAAAGAAGUCAAAGGAUCGGGAAAGGAGGCGCAGUCUUAUACAAGUAUUUACAGGUAUGUUCAGCAAAUCAGGGGAUGAGAAAAAGAAAAAUGAGCAGCAGCAACAAGGCAGUGAUGUACAAGACAGUGGAAGCAAAGCAGCGGCGCAGCAGACCAACGUAGGCCCUGCUGAAACUCCCAAGUGCGCUCCCAAGAGUCCAUCGAGCAUGAGGGACAAGCUCUCAAAGCUGAGACUCUCAAGAUCCAAGGAAAAGAAAGCGGUUGAGAAGGGCAGAUCUACCAGUGCUGACAUUCUUGAUGACCGUGGGAGCAGUGACGAUACCCGCUCUGCCUUCUCCCUCCCCACUUCUCCCUCCCGCCGUCCACUCUCCUCCCUAACUUCCCCAUUCACUAAAGCCUCAUCACCACCUCAAGCAUCAGGAUCUGCAUAUUCCUCCUCUCCCCAAGUGCGUCUCGCCACCCCGAGAAUCGAAGAGGAAUCUCUUUCGGAUGAUGACGGUGGUAGCCCAGCUGGAACACCAGGUGGCACAUUGGAUCGAAGCGGCCAGGUCCCCGGCUCCAACUCGGCCAGCCGCAGACAGCGAAAUGCGGCACUCAGGGCAGCGCGACAAGCAGAACUAAAGAGGUUGAGAAUGGCACAGGAGAUCCAGCGGCAAUUAGAAGAAUGUGAAGUGAAGACGAGAGAACUUGAGGAACGAGGAGUAGCUGUGGAAAAAGCAUUACGGGGAGAAGGUGGCGGAGUGAAUCGUGACGAAGCUGAGCUCAUGGGUGACUGGUUCUCCAUGGUCCACGAGAAGAAUGCCCUUGUCCGGUGGGAGCAGGAGCUCAUGGUCCGUGCCAAAGAGCUGGAGCUGGAGGAUCGGCACGUCAGACUAGAGCAUGAGUUGAGGAGGCGCAUGGCUCUCUCUGAACAUGAAAAGUCGCGAGAAGACAUUGACCGAGAAGGUACCAUACUCGCAGAAAUCCUGAACAUCCUGGAGCAGAAAGAUGCCUUAGUCAACAUGCUGGAGGAGGACAGACAGAGGUACAUGGAAGAGGACCGAGACCUAGAAUCUGUUAUGCUUCGGAAAGGAUUACAACUCUCGCCACUAAGAAGGGAAACGGGUGUAUGAAUGCAUUGUAGGCAAAUGCAGUUAAUUCGUCUUGUGCAUGAUAAGGUGCUGAUAAGAUAAAAAGUUAGAAAGGCUGGCAAAGAUAAGUUUUGGAGAUUGUUGCCCUGGUGUUAUAUCUCAAAAACUAAAAACUGUUCGGUUAUCUUCCUCUUCAAGCUCGUUGUGUCUAUACCCCUUUUAUAAUGCAAACAAAAAGAUGUUCUUCCGUUUGUGUUUUGGUCAUUUUAUUUUUUUUUAUUAUUAUUAUUUUUUUUUCAUCUCUCUCACACAAGGAACUGUCGGUGGGCACUUUCAGAUGCUUUUUCAUGCAUCAGCUUUGGGAACUUCUCAUUAGUAGUAGAAGGUAGGAUUCACAUUUUAUGUCUGAAUAAAUGGUUUAAUUUUAGGUUUCAUUUGACAAUUUUAUUGUAUUUUUGAGGUUGACCAGUGAUAACAUCUGUAUGUGUACCCAUAUGUAUGUAUAUAUAUACACAAUGUAUGUGUUUAUGUACAUAUAUAUGUUACCGGUUACCAUAUAUACAGUUUUGUAGUUACAUUUUAAUUGUCUACAAUUACUUGUUGAGUCAGUAUUGAGCAAGAGGUAAUUUUGCAACUUUGAGGCUAUACGGUGUCAUUUUCCAGACAAUAAUUUUUUUUAUUAAAAAAAACAAAAACAAUAAAGACGAAAAAAUUUAAGGUAGCAUUCUGUUCUUUGAUCAUACUUAGAUUAAAAGAGAGGCUAUGAGAAGUUAUGCUGUUCCUGAUGUUGUAGCAGUAUCAUCUAAUAGUGCUUUAAGAAAGACGUUUAUUGCUAGAAAGGUGCAAAGUUGCUGGUGAGAGAAGUACCCUAAAGUGUGAAGAAGCAGACCUGUUUAAAUAGUAAAUAUAUUCAGUUUGUACAUAGCCCUGUUGCCACAUCUGGCUGAGGAUUUUUUUUUUUUUUUCUAAACUAAUAUAGCUGAUCAUUACACUGUAUAUGUAAUUAUGAAGGCAAUUGGUUGAGUUUUGUUUAAAAUGGUGCCUUUUAUCAUAGGGUCAGCAGCAAAUAUAUGUGUAUAAUUGUAAACUUAAAGCUGCUUCUGACCUUUGAUCAUUUGCAGAUCCAUUUAAUUUUAUUUGAAAGGCCAUAUAUGAUGGUCUGCAGCUGUUUAUUGGGUCCAUUUUAGAUAAACAUACACAGGCACAGACACACAUAUGCUCAGUGAAAAUUUGGGGAUUACUUUUGUUUAUUCGUCAACACACCUGUAUGGGCAAAUAAAAGGGUACUUGAUCAGUGUAUAGUAGACGGUUUCAUUUUUUUUUUUUUUUUAUAUAUAUAUAUGUAGUCUCGACCAAAUCCAGAAUCUUUACUGGCUUGUUUUAUGGUACUGAUAUUAUUCUCAGUGGUGUUCUUACAUUAUUCUAUUUAUUUGUUACAAGUAAUUGCUCUCUUAAUAAUAUGUGUUAUACUUGAAAUGACUGUAACUGUCAUAAAAUAUAUUUUAUAAGGGAGCAUUUCUUUAGCAACACUACAUUGGUAUAAUUAAAAUUGUACUUUUUUCUACUUUGAAGUGUAGCUUUAAUUCAUGCAUUUGUAAAUAUAUCAACUCUGGUAUAGAAGAAAAUCACAUUGCAUGAAACCUACUUAUUUUAAGGCAGUAUGUUAUUACUGGAAAAGAAAUGGUUUCUCAAAUGAGGAAUGAAGUUUUUUUUAUGUGGACAGAUAGGAUAAAUAGGAAAGAUCCAACAGGAUAGACAUGAGAGUGUUAGUGUGAUAUAGCAAGAAUGUUGAGUAUGCCAUCAGCUGAUGUUAAAUGAUGGGAGAGCAAAGGCUUCAGUUGAUUUCCUUGUAUAGAACAUUUCCUUAUUAGUCUUUGCUUUUAUUUAAUAUUCAGGUCUGUAAUGAUUCAAUUCAUAGAUAUUGUAAAUUUGCAAUGAUUUUAUUUAUAUAACUUUUUUACAGAUUUCAUUGUAUCAUGUACAGUGCAAUGAUGUUAUAAUUGGCUACUGUUUCAUACUGUAUCAUUAUUUACCAUGGUGCUCUUAGUAAAUAAAAUCUUUGA